AUUGCUCAUCGUUGUUUAAUUCAGCGCCAUUCGGAUGUAGGCACGAUUUCACCAGGUUGUCUAAGAUAUAUAAAUAACCCCCUUCGUGCGGGUUUGUGACAUGUGUACCACGGUUUCUGAUUACUACUUCGGGGACGUUGGGGCGGGGCACUUUGACACAAAAUACGUUUUCACAGACCAAAGCCUUCACCACAGUUGCCUUACAGCACCACCUCCAGGCUCCCUAACCCUGCACUCUGAAUCCCUGCUGUCACCAUGCAAGCCCGUAGGGUCACCGUUCACCGCAUCAGCAAGACCGUCACCUUGUACCUGAAUGACGCAGCCUCACCUAAACCCUCCCCUGGCCCUCUGUCUGCCCUGAACGAUGCAGCCAGUACCUCUCCAUCCCUAGCCCUUACCUCUGCCCCAACCAAGCCCCUGCUGCUGAUGCUGCCCUGGUUGGGGUCGCGACCUCAGGCUGUGGCCAAGUACUGUGAGAUCUACUUCCGUACAGGCUUUGACGUGCUCAUAGUGGAGAGUGCGGUGAGUCAGUUUCUGUGGCCUCGCUGGGGCCUGGACUACGGGGCGAAGGUACUAGAUCUCCUGCAGAGUGACUGCUUUGUGUCACGCCCCCUGCUCGUGCACGCCUUCUCCAUAGGAGGGUACACCUUCACCCAGCUGUUGGUGCAUGUGUCCCGCGACACACAAAAGUACUACGGCUUCACUCAGAGGAUCAAAGGCCACAUCUAUGACAGCCUUGUGCUGGGCUCACUGGAGAGGAUGGCUACAGGUCUAAGUAAGAUCCUGCUCCCCCGGCUGGAGAGCCAGGUGAAAUGGGCCAGUAUGCUCUACUUCAGAGCCUUCAAACACCACACAGUCGACUACUUCAACAACGGCAUUGAUGUCUUCUGGAAUAACCCUGUCACCGCACCCGCCCUCGUCUUCUUCUGCCAGAACGACGCACUGUGCGACCCGGAGGGCAUGGAGGAGAUCAUCGCCUACUGGAGAAAACGAGGGAUGGAGGUGACAGACAGGAAAUGGGAGGAGUCAACACAUGCAGGCCACCUGAGACGACACCCCCAGGAGUACCUGUCUACCUUGGAGACCUUCCUAAAGACUCUCGGUAUGGUCCCUCUCAAGGCCAAGAUGUGACGCUAGGCAGGACCCACACAGCUGUGGUCCGGUCCAGAAACAAUCCCUAACCCUAUCCACUACCCCUUAGGCCCUCGGCAUGGCCCCCAGCAAGGCCAAGUGACAACAGGGCACAGCUGUGGUCCAGUCCAGAAAUAGCCUCUAGCCCCUACCCCCUAAGCACUCAGGACCCCCUCAACACCAGGAUGUGACUGCAGGACGUGACAGUUUGCACUUCACUUACCUACAAGUUCCACGUUUGAGUACUCUAGGUAUAGUGGGGACUUAUUGUAUACAGUUUUACAUUCUUGGAAAAACAGUAAAUUAACUCUUGUUUAGUAGACAUUUCGCAAAAGGAGUCAUUGUUUAGAUGUUUCGGAAUUGUACCAGAAAUGUCAUGUGAUAUAACCUCUGCAUUACGUAGGUUACGUAGUGCUCUGAAUCCCUCAACAUCACCAAUCUCUAAUAGUAUCCACUUCAUUUUCAAACGGUUUUAAACACUGAAGCCAAACUUCCUCCACAUUAUCAUAGUUUGUAUGGUCGCCACUAGAGAUCCCUGCAUUAGCAUGUUUCUGUUAGCUGAUAAAUCCUGAGAAAAUACCCCAUGUUGCUGGCCUGCUAAUGUGCCUGGACCUUGAAGGCUAAACAUUUGAGGGAAUAAAACAAUGUAUCCAAAUGAUUGUCCAAUCAGGCAGGCUAGAUGCAAUCAACUUGAAAUUAAUAUGCAUUCAAAACACCAGGCUUUUGAGCAGUUAUUCACAUGACAGGCUUUUCACUGCAGUCUACAGCCUAGACUAGAGUUUUGUACUCACUUGAAAACAAUAACAUUCUUCAUUACGUUGUUGUAGGCUACAUUUCUUGUCCCUAAAAGGCUGAAACUAUAGAGUAGCUUUUCAAGCUGGUACCAUGGGACUGGGAGGGAGCGCACUCAGCGCAGAGCCUCGGGAGCACAGUGUAGGCUACCUAUGAUUUUGUUAUCUGAUGAAAAAUAAAUAUGUUUUGUAAAUUUACGGGAUAUAUUCACUGCAGUAUUGAGCUUAUGAAUUAUGGGCUAAUAUGCAUAUGCUUCUAAUUUAGACUAUAGUCUACAUCCCAAACCUGUCUGUCUUUGUUCUAUUGCGCAAUUACGCACCAGGCCUCUCCACUGCCAUGCCUGUUCCUCUUAAAUCUUGUGGAGUCCCAGGAAAAGCAAGACUACAAAAGCUUGUUGGACACUUACAGUUGAAGUCAUAAGUUUACAUACACCUCAGCCAAAUGCAUUUAAACUCAGUUUUUCACAAUUCCUGACAUUUAAUCCUAGUAAAAAUUCCAUGUCUUGGGUCAAUUAGGAUCACCAGUUUAUUUUAAGAAUGUGAAAUGUCAGAAUAAUAGUAGUGAUUUAUUUCAGCUUUUAUUUCUUUCAUCACAUUCCCUGUGGGUCAGAAGUUCACACACACACACACACACACACACAAUUAGUAUUUGGUAGCAUUGCCUUUUAAAUUGUUGGGUGAAGUUGGGUGAAUUUUGGCCCACUCCUCCUGACAGAGCUGGUGUAACUAAGUCAGGUUUCUAGGCCUCCUUGCUCGCACAGGAUUUUUCAGUUCUGCCCACAAAUUUCUAUAGGAUUGAGGCCAGGGCUUUGUGAUGGCCACUCCAAUACCUUGACUUUGUUGUCCUUAAGCCAUUUUGCCACAACUUUGGAAGUAUGCCUGGGGUCAUUGUCCAUUUGGAAGACCCAUUUGCGACCAAGCUUUAUCUUCAUUGCUGAUGUUGCUUCAAUAUAUCCACAUAAAUUCCAUCCUCAUGAUGCCAUCUAUUUUGUGAAGUGCACCAGUCCCUCCUGCAGCAAAGCACCCACACAACAUGAUGCUGCCACCCCCGUGCUUCACGGUUGGGAUGUUGUUCUUUGCUUGCUUCCCCAUUUUUCCUCCAAACAUAACGACGGUCAUUAUGGUCAAUCAGUUCUGUUUUUGUUUCAUCAGACCAGAGGACAUUUCUCCAAAAAGUACGAUCUUUGUCCCCAUGUGCAGUUGCAAACCGUAGUCUGGCUUUUUUGGCGGGUUUGGAGCAGUGGCUUCUUCCUUGCUGAGCGGCCUUUCAGGUUAUGUCGAUAUAGGACUCGUUUUACUGUGGAUAUAGUUACUUUUGUACCUGUUUCCUCCAGCAUCUUCACAAAGUCCUUUGCUGUUGUUCUGGGAUUGAUUUGCACUUUUCGCACCAAAGCACGUUCAUCUCUAUGAGACUCCUUCCUGAGCAGUAUGACGGCUGUGUGAUCCCAUGGUGUUUAAACUUGUGUACUAUCGAUCCCAUGAUGUCAAGCAAAGAGGCACUGAGUUUGAAGGUAGGCCUUGAAAUACAUCCACAGGUACACCUCCAAUUGACUCAAAUGAUGUCAAUUAGCCUAUCAGAAGCUUCUAAAGACAUGACAUAAUUUUGGGGAAUUUUCUAAUGUGUUUAAAGGCACUGUCAACUUAGUGUAUGUAAACUUCUGACCUACAGUGAAAUAAUCUGUAUGUAAACAAUUGUUGGAAAAAAUACUUGUCAUGCACAAAGUAGAUGUCCUAACCGACUUGCCAAAACUAUAGUUUAACAAGAAAUUUGUGUAGUGGUUGAAAAACGAGUUUUAAAUACUACAACCUAGGUGGAUGAAAACUUCUGACUUCAACUGUAGUUGUUGGGGAAUUGUUAGAUAAUUGUUUGAUACUACUGCACUGUCUGUACUAGAAGCACAAGCAUUUCGCUACACUCGCAUUAACAUCUGCUGACCAUUUGUAUGUGACCAAUAAAAUGUGAUUUGAUUUGA